AUGGCUUCCUCAUCUUCUUUUGUCUCUCAAGAGGAGUUCAAUACAUUCUAUACAAUUGACCGGAAGAUUUACACCCUCCUUGUAAUCAACCUUUGGCGAGAUCCAGUGGAGACUAUGCAAAUUAUGGCCUUAUGGCUUUGGCUGGAGCGGGUGGGCUUUAAUAAUGUUGUGCAUAAGAUGUUAUCUUUGCCUUACACUUUAGUCAAUGAGCUCGCAGAUGAGGCUAUCAUAUGCCUCAAUUGCAUCAACACCAACCAAAUACCGACCUCAUCUGAGAACAAUGAUAUUCCUCUCACCCAAAGUUUGAUGGAUAAAGAGAUAUCUCUCCAAUUUUUCCUAGAAAAUCGAUUAAAUGGUAUUGUAGGGAUCGCCAAAAUUGUGAAUGAGGUAUGUAUUAGAGCACUCUCAGACAUCAUGCAGCAAGCCGUUGAGAGAAAUGCUUCUCAAAGUUUAGUAGAGAGCCAAAUGUUGAUGAUGCCACCUUCUGCUUCCAUUCACCAAUCCUUAGUCCACCCUGGACUUCGUCAACCUAGAACCUCAGGAAAUGAGGUACCAGCAGAUGAUAGGACCAUGUUUGUUACAUUCUCUAAAGGUUACCCUGUACAUGAAUGGGAAGUUAGAGAAUUCUUUACUAGAUCAUAUGGGGAUUGUAUAGAGUCUUUGCACAUGCAAGAAGUGCAGCCGCAUCAACAAGCAUUGUAUGCUCGUAUCGUUUUCCACAAUGCUUCAAAUAUGGAAAUGAUACUUGGUGGCUUGGGAAAGGUAAAAUUUAUUAUUAAUGGUAAGCAUGUUUGGGCUCGAAAAUUUGUGCCAAAGCGUGCAAGAUCCUCAUUGUUGCCGCCAUUGCCAACAACAUCACAUUUGCCAGGCACCUCAUUUCGACCAUAG